AGGAAACACUUUCAUCAUGGACUGUACCCCCAUCUUGCCCGCUUCCAAAUGGACAUCGCACUCGCCCGUCAUGUUCCCGUCCCGCCGUGACAUCGAUGAUGGCACAACCCCGAUCGCCAUGCCAAGAGAGACCGCCCUAUCCUGCCCGUCGCCUUGAUUGGGUUUCCCUCGUGGAGCUUCCCCAUUCUUCUCCAUCUUCCGCGAUCCAUGAUCCAUGGUCGGCGACCGGCGCUGAUCCCCAGUUUCCCCAGUCUCCCCAGACCUUUAGUACCAGAACGGAAUACGGCCCAGCAUUAGCGUACAUCAUGGUGGACUUUCCCCGUACCUCGACGGAAACAUAAAGAGGAGCCGGUCCAGCCCUUUGUGUUCCCACUUGGGUUCACUCCGUCCUUCAUCCUCAGACAGAAAGGUAGCCGGCCCUCUACCUCCUAGUUGAUCACACCCUACCCGAUUCGCUUCGACCUUAGGUUGCCAGUCCAGUCAAUUGUGCAACCAUGGCAGACGGCGGAGUCGGAGUCCUCGCCCACAAGGCUUCGGGCGACCUCGAAGACAUUGAAGACGGUCCCCAGGUGACCGAGACCGAGAACCAGCGCGUCACUCUAACAGAGGAAGAUAACCGCCGCAUCCUUCGCAAAACAGAUCUGACCAUUCUUCCUAUCCUCGCCUGGGUCUACUUCCUCCAAAUCCUCGACAAGACUGUGCUCGGCUACGGCGCCAUCUUCGGCCUGCGCGAAGACGCCCACCUCCAAGGCAACCAGUACAGUCUGAUUGGGUCCAUUGCCCCCAUCGCCCAGCUAGCAUGGCAGCCUUUUUCCUCGAUUCUGAUCAUCAAGGUCCCGCAUCGCAUCCUGAUGUCCGUCCUCGUUCUCGGCUGGGGCAUCGCCCAAUGUCUAACGCCCCUGUGCAAGACAUUUUCUGCCCUGCUGGCUGUGCGCUUCUUCUUGGGCCUGUUCGAGGCCGGUUGUUUGCCGCUAUUCUCCGUCAUCACGGCGCAUUGGUACCGGAGGAGCGAGCAGCCUGUCAGAGUGGCGGGGUGGUACGGCACCAAUGGUCUGGCAACCAUCUUUGCGGCAGCGCUGUCGUUUGGUUUGGCCAAGAUCCAUAGCCACGUGUUGGCGUCGUGGCAGAUUAUCUUCUUGUUUACGGGGCUGAUGACGGUUGUCACGGUGCCGUUCAUCUACUGGAAGCUAGAUAACAACGUCCAUUCGGCAAGGUUCUUGACUGCCGAGGAGAAGCUGAAGGCCAUUGAGCGGUUGAGGGCCAACAACAACGGCACCAGCGAUGGCGAGGCGCACAAGUUCAAAUGGGCCCAGGUUGGAGAGGUUUUCUUGGAUAUCAAGACGUACCUCUUCAUUGCCAUGUCUUUGGCAAACAACCUCGGCGCACAAGUGGUCAACACCUUUGGUCCGUUGAUUCUGAGCGGCUUGGGUUUCGACAACCACAAGACCACGCUGCUCAACAUCCCCUUCGGCGCGGUUCAGUACGUUGUCAUUCUCGGCGUCGCCUGGACGAGUGUGAAGUUGCGGUCGGGCAAGGGGUUUGCCCUCUUGAUUAUUCUCCUCCCCAUCCUGGCUGGCAUCUCUAUGCUCUAUGUCCUUCCCCGCGACAAGUCGCACACUGCGCCCCUGCUGGUGGGCUAUUACUUCCUCGCCUUCAUCUUUGGCUGCAACACGCUGGUGGUCUCGUGGAUCCUCGCCAACACUGCGGGAUCGACCAAGAGCAGUAUCAUGAUGUCGCUGUUCAACGCUGCUUCUUCGGCGGGCAACAUUAUUGGCCCCUUGUUAUUUGACACGGUUGAUGCCCCAGCUUACACGCCCGGGCUGAAGGCCACGCUGGGAGUGUACAGCAUGAUGGCGGCGGUUGUGCUGCUGCAGCUGGGCAACUUGGUAUUGCUGAACAAGAUGCAGGAGAAGAAGCGCGUGGCGAGUGGCAAGCCGGCCAAGCUGCAUGAUGCUUCGAUGGAUAAGAAGUUCAACGCGGCGGGUGCCGCCCAAGCCCAAGAAGGCGACAUUGGAAGUCGGGCCUUCUUGGAUUUGACGGAUCGUCAGAACGACGAGUUCAUUUAUGUAUAUUAGUCUUUUUUGGCCCGCUUUCUCCCAUUGUGCUUGAAACUGUAUUAGUGGUAGCCGAACCGGCAUUUAAUCAGAGCUCAUCCACUUCAAACUUGACCAGCAGUGUACAUGCCGUCUCUCUCCCCUUUAGAUCCAACAUCCUCACGAACCUCCACUGCCCCUUGACGCCCUCCACAUACAGCAGCCUAACGCUCGCCACACACAGCACCGGGUUGCUGGAGAAGGAAUCAUCGCUCUUGAUGAACAUCCUCAAGAAAACCAACUCAUCAUCUUCAUACUCGUCCCACUCCAGCGUCUCAUCCCACACCGGAUCCGUCACCAGACUGUUCUCCUCCUCUUUACUUGCUGCCCCCGUCAAUCCUCCAAUCAGCAGCGCACUAAGCUUAUGCUUCCUAAACACAUCCGUCUUCUUCUUGGUCUGCUGCAUCUCCCCAAACGGCACGCCCGGAUGUAGCAGCGUGCAGGUCAAGUACGGUUUCAACUCCUUAUCCGUAUCUCUGCCGCUAGGAACGGGAACAUCCGACGCGCCCGCCACCACCAAGCUCAAUCGUUUCCUGCGUCUCGUCCUCGCCACUUGCUCUCGAAACUCUUUUUCUGCUAAUCCCACCAUCGCCGCGCUGGACCGCAGCCAAGAAGGUUUAAGCACGUACCCCCCUGUACCAGCGAACAUGGCUUCGUUGAUUUGCAUGCUUGCGUCGAAAGUUUGCCAGUUCAAAGCACAUACUUGCGCGCCUAAACCCCAAAAGGGUAGCGGCUUGAGGUUCUUGGAAGAAAUACGCGUGCCCUUGGGGAAUACCCGCAUCAAGUGGCGGGCGUUGUGCUUGGCUAUGCUGGCGCCGUUGCCAGAAGACAAAAGGGCGUUGAGACCGGAUUCAGAUACGUUGAUGAGGUGGUGGUGCGGGCCGUCUCUGGAGGGUAGGAGGUCCGAGGAGGUGAACCAGCUGUUGUCGGGCGGUUUGACGGAUUGGCCGUAGACGCCCAGCUCGGCAAGGGAGGGGAUGAUGAGUUUGGCUUCGGGCGUGUCUUUUUUGGCUUGUUUUCUUUGUUUCCUCUCUUUUUUCUCGGCUUCGUCUUCCGAGCUGGAAUCGGAGGAGGAAUCAGAAGAGGCUUCGUUGACCAGGUGAUGCUCCACGAUGACCACGAUUUUCGACCCCAAGUCGCGAAGACGAACAUGUUGGUCUUGCUCAAUGUGCGACUCGGUUUCUACCGGCUUGUCCAACAAGUGCCUCCCCCAUACCUCCUUCAUGAUUCGUACCAGCGCCUCUUGUCCUUGAGCGCCGCAGUGGUUCUCGAGCGAAAUCAACACGGGCGCACCGCCGCCGCCCCCGCCGCCGGAUUCUUCCUCUUCCUCAACCACUUGCAGGAUGAUCUUGCAUACUUCGCGGAACGGGAUGUUGGAGACCAAGGUGUAGCCGUGCGUGACUUUGGGUUCGUCCAGGUUGUCGGGGUUGUCCCAUACGUCGAUCUCUACGCAUCUUGAGCCGGCCUGGAGGGUGUGUCGAUAGGGGUCGGUGGAGGAUUCACCGAAGAGUUGGUGUGCGCAGAGGUAGGUGUUGUGACUGCUUGAGACGAAGUACUCGGGUAGGGGGUAGUCCCUGUUGAUUACCUCGCGUGGGACGGCAAUAUGGGACUUGGCAAGCAAGUCGGCGACGGUUUCGCCCGAACUCAAAAUAUGGUUCCUGGCAAUGAAGGACUGCAGAGCGGGGGAGACGCGGAGCUGCGGGCCGUGCUUGCAUGUGGAAUGGCCGCCGCCGGCGUGGGCGUCCAAAGGGAUGAUGUCGCCUGCUUCUUCAUCGUCGAUUGGCUGCGUGCGUCGACGGGAGCCGAGAGUGAGCCUGCUGCGGACCGAAGAGGUGAGGUCGGUGACGGUCCCGGUGACUUGGGGAGGUAGGUUCUCUUUGGCGAAUUCGCCGAGGCCGGCGAGGGUGUGUUUGAGUUGAUCCAUGUUACGUACCGUCUGCCCUUCUAUUAACGAGUGAGAAAAGGGAAACGAUGAAGUGGGAUUUGAAAAGGAAAGGGACGGG